AUGGGAUCAAUUGAAGGAGAGUUGGCUGUCAAGGAAACUCCAACCAAGAUCUUGGUUAUUGGUGGCUGCUAUGGAGGACUAUCGGCUGCCUUGAACCUUCAUGACUUGUGCAGUGGAAAACAGUCAAGAGCCACGCUACACCUGCCAAGCGAAGAAACUGGCCCUCGUCCGAAAUUACCUGUCGAUAUCAAGGUUGUGGAUGAACGAGAUGGCUAUUAUCACUUAAUCGGAUCUCCUCUCGCCCUAGCCUCCGAAGACUUCGCAGAGAAAGCAUGGAAGAAGUACGAAGAACUACCGACGUUGAAAGCUCCGGGAAUAAGCUUCAUUCAAGGGCGAGCGUCUAGCGUGGAUUGUGAGAAGAAGGUUGCGGUGCUCACAGACACACUUUCUGGAAAGAAGUCGGAAGAACAUUACGAUUAUCUGGUGGUCAGCACUGGUCUACGACGAGAGUGGCCGACGGUGCCUCAAGCCCUGAGAAGGAAAGAGUAUCUGGCAGAAGUCACUGCACACAUUAGAGCUGCCAGAAGUGCGCGAGAAUGCGUUGCAGUCAUUGGUGGAGCAGGAGCUGUUGGAAUUGAGAUGGCAGCCGAACUCAAGCUGGUGAAACCUACAUUGGAUGUCAAGCUCAUCCAUUCCCGUGAAAGACUUCUUUCCACCGAACCUUUACCAGACGAAUUCAAAGACCGAACUGCAUCCGUACUUCGAGAGAGUGGUGUAGAUCUCAUUCUCGGUCAUCGUGUCUACGAGAUAAAUCCAGUGAACAACAAAGACGAGAAACCUCUCUUCAGAUUGAAAUUGUCUGAUGGGAGUGAGAUGCUGGCUGGACAUGUUAUCCCCGCCAUCUCACAUGGAGUACCUUCAACAGACUUUCUACCAGCAAACUCUUUGAAUCAAGAAGGGUACGUUAACAUUGAUGGAACGCUUAACUUCAAGAACUCAACACCAAACUCCUCUUCCCACUUCGCGGUCGGCGAUAUCGCAAAUUGGUCAGGAAUCAAGCGUUGCGGAGCAGCAAUGGCCAUGGGUCACGUUACAGCAGUCAAUAUCCACCAACAACUACUCCAAGCCAGAUUCGGGACGGAACCAAUGUUCGCUGAGUUUCCUGAAGUGCCGCCGAUGAUUGCAUUAGCUGCUGGAAAGCAGGCUGUGCUUUAUGGUGAGAAGGAGGGUACGACUUGGGGAGAGGAUAAGAUGCAGAUGAUGUUUGGGGAUGAUCUUGGGUAUAGUAUAUGCUGGAACUAUCUGGGUUUGGGAAACGAUGGAUCAGUUGAGCAGAAGUGAGGUGAUCCAGCGGUCUGUAUGUAUGAGGAGACGGGGUACGAAUGUUGUGCUAGUGAAGAUGUGCGCAAGCUUGAAGUUCAAUGAUGUCACGUGAUCGACGCUUUCAUACCUGGAUCUUGUCUGGGGGUUCUUCAGUAAGCUCGAUUACUAUGUAUAUCGUAAAACACCGUUCUUAACAGCAAUGGUGGUGGUGAGAAGCCUUACUCGCUAGUAUGUAGCCCUACGGUGUGCCUAAUCGAGGGUCAAAU